GCAUGCCACUAGUUAAGAAAACAAAAAAAAAGUAAAUUUUAUAUUGGAAGGUGGAUUCUUUAUACUUUUAAAAAGUAGAAGCACCAUUAAAUGUUACUUGGUUCAGUGGUGAUUGACGUUGGACUUGGUAGGAAGGACCACGGUUCGAUCCCCCGCAACUGCAUUUAGAAGGGGAUUGGAACCACUUGAUGUCAGAACUCGCCCCGAACUCUGAACUACUAGGACCCCUUCCCCUAAGAACUAGAGAGUGAAAACAAAAAAAAAGAAAGUAGAAGCACCAAAAAUCUUUUACUUUAUUUAAUUCCUUUAAUUAGUGUUCCUGAAAGGCUGUGAUACUAGUCUCCUUAUAUAAAUAGUAAGAGUGAAUAAACAUUCCAUAAACCUUUAAACCAAUUAUUCCACUAUGAGUUCAAUGGAGGAGGAGACACUUCCUUUGAGUAUCAUCCAUGUCAACAAAUCUAUAGUUUUCACCAAUAGGUUCCACAUUCUCAUCCAUUCCAUUGCUAUAUGUUUCCUAUUUUACUAUAGACUAUGUUUCUUCUUUCAAGACUCAAAAACUAGAGAAACACCAUUGUUACCUUACCUUCUAGUGUUUUCAUCUGAAAUAUUUCUCUCCUUCCUUUGGAUUCUUGAUCAAGCAUAUUUUUGGAACCCGAUUAAAAGAACGGUUUUUCCGGAACGGUUACCGGAAAAUGACAAACUUCCACACAUUGAUGUGUUUAUAUGUACUACUGAUCCAACUAUGGAACCUACUUUAGAUGUUAUGAACACUGUUUUAUCAGCUAUGGCAAUGGAUUAUCCACCUGAGAAACUUCAUGUUUAUGUUUCUGAUGAUGGUGGUUCAUCUAUUACAUUGAAUGGUAUGAAGGAGGCUUGGAAAUUUGCAAAGUGGUGGAUUCCUUUUUGCACAAGAUAUAGAAUUUUGUGUAGGUGUCCUGAGGCUUACUUUUCGGAUUCGGAGAAUGAUAGUGAUGAUUUGACUGAGAAUGUUGAGUUUGUUGCAGAUAAGAGAAUUAUCAAGGAAAAAUAUGAGGCUUUCAAAGAAGGUAUAAUAAGAGUAAAAGAAGAUCAGGACCACUUUGGAGAUACUGCUAGUAUAACAAGUCAAAAUCAUCCAUCUAUUGUAGAGGUGAUUCAAGAAAAUAGCAGCGGUGAAAUAGAGCAAGUGAAAUUGCCAUUACUUGUAUAUGUUUCCAGGGAGAAAAGGCCUUCUCAUCCACAUCAUUUUAAAGCUGGAGCCCUCAAUGCCCUUUAUCGUGUCUCGGCAGUGAUUAGCAAUUCUCCAUAUACUCUAGUGCUAGAUUGUGACAUGUUCUGCAGUGAGCCAGCUUCAGCAAGACAAGCAAUGUGUUUCCACCUUGAUCCGAAGAUAUCAACUUCACUUGCUUUUGUUCAAUUCCCUCAGAAAUUUCACAAUAUAAGCAAGAAUGACAUAUAUGACAGUCAGCACAGAUCAGCUUACAAAGUUUUAUGGCAAGGUAUGGAUGGACUUGACGGACCCUUAUUAUCUGGAACUGGAUUUUAUAUGAAAAGAGAAUCAUUAUAUAGGAAUUACAAAAUUAAAGACACUGAUUUUGAACUCCAAGAAUAUGUUGGCACAUCCAAUGAGUUCAUCAAAUCAUUAAAGCAAAAUUCUACUCCAAAUAUAGUCAAUGUAGGAAGUGCAUUGCCUAUAGAAGAGACUUUGAUUUUGGCUUCUUGUAAUUAUGAAAAUGGAACCAAAUGGGGUAUAGAGGUUGGCUUUUUGUAUGGUACUGUAUGUGAAGAUGUUCACACUGGAAUCAUGCUGAAUUGCAAUGGUUGGAAUUCAGUUUACUGUGAUCCACCUAAGCCACAAUUCCUUGGAAAUAGUACCACUAAUUUGAAUGAUUUACUAAUUCAAGGCACUAGAUGGAGCACUGGAUUGCUUGAAAGUGGUUUAAUCAAAAUUUGUCCUCUUUUAAAGUGCCCUUUAAGGAUGUCUUUGCUGUAUAGAUUUUGUCUUACAUACAUGACAAUUUUCCCUCUAUAUUGCUUGCCUCUUUGGUGUUUGGCUAUUGUCCCUCAGAUUUGUCUACUAGCUGGAGUUCCUCUGUACCCUAAGGUCUCGGAACCAUUUUUCUACAUUUUUGCAUUCAUCUAUGUAUCAGCUCAAACCAAACAUUUAUUUGAAGUCCUCUCAACAGGAGGAACAUUAAGAACAUGGAUAAUAGAGCAAAGAAUGUGGAUGAUAAGAUCAAUAGCAUGUCAUCUAUAUGGAUUUUUAGAAUUUUUAAUGAAGCAAUUUGGUUUAAGAGAGGCUAGUUUCAUGCCAACAAAUAAAGUCAAAGAUGAGGAACAAACAAUGCUUUAUCAAAUGGACAAAUUUGAUUUCAGAACAUCAAACAUGUUUCUUGUACCAAUGGUUUCACUUCUCACAAUCAACAUAUUUUGUUUCAUAAUUGGCAUCUAUAGAGUGUUGUUUGUAGGAGAGUUGGAUAAGAUGUUCAUACAACUUUUCCUGAUGGCUUAUAUCAUUGUUGUCAACUAUCCAAUUAUUGAAGGGCUUGUUAUAAGGAAAGAUAAAGGACGAAUUUCUCCUUCAGUGAUUGUAACAUCUAAUGUCUUGGCCACAAUCAUCACAUGUGUAUUCUAUCCUUUACUGAGGAAGGUGUAAAUGGUCAUUUCUUUAUGGCUAAAAAGACUGUUCAUUUUUGCUUUUAAUGUAGAGUAGCAAUGUUGUGUAGAAAGGAAAUAUAACCAGAUUAUAACAGCAUAAAUCGAUGGUUAUUAGAUGGAAUAAAGUGAUAUAGAGUUCAGACUUCAGAACUAGUGUAAAAAGUUAAGAGCCUUUUAUAGUUUGAUUUUGAAAAAAUGAAAUAGGCCUCUUUGGCAA